AUGGCAGGUUUUCGGUUUAUCGAUGCCUUUAAGCCCUUUUUGGCAAUAUUGCCUGAGGUAGAACUUCCUUACGAAAAUAUGGCAUUUGAUGAUAAAAUCGUUUAUACACUGAUUUCUGCUUUGAUAUACAUAUUUGGUCAGUUUCCAUUAGCUGGUAUUUCUAAGGAUUCAAAAGUUAAGGAUCCAUUGUAUUUCCUAAGAAGUUCUUUUGCUGCAGAACCGUUUACCUUGAUGGAAUUUGGUAUCUUUCCUCCUGUUGCAGUUGCGCUAUUCUUCCAAUUGUUGGCUGGUAUGAAGAUAAUCAAAGUCAAUUUUAAAGUAAGGCAGGAUAGGGAGUUGUUCCAAUCUGCUAUUAAGGUAGUUUCCAUUCUUCAGUAUGCUGUACUUGCCAAUAUUUUCAUUUUCUCAGGUUACUACGGUGAAAAUUUGUCUGCGCAUGCUAUCUAUCUUUUGAACAUGCAACUGGUUGGUGCUGGGUUUGUUGCUACUAUGUUAAUUGAAGUCAUUGAUAAGGGAUAUGGGUUUGGUUCAGGUGCAAUGGCAAUUAGUACUAUAGCUGUUGCUACCAAUCUUGUUGCAGACAUAUUUGGUGUGUCACAAAUAGCGAUUAAUACUACUGAGGGCAUAAAUGAAGCCCAAGGCGCUUUGAUCAACUUAAUUCAAGGAUUUACGUCUAAACAUAAAACUUUCCUUGGUGGUAUUAUCAAUGCGUUUCAAAGAGAUUACUUACCCAACUUGACUACAGUUUGUUUAGUGUUAAUCAUCGCGGCGAUUGUUGGCUACUUGCAAAAUUAUCGUUCCGAACUUCCGAUUAGAUCUACUAGAGCAAGAGGUAUGAACAACGUAUACCCAAUUAGGCUUUUAUACACUGGUGGUCUAUCUAUUUUAUUUUCCUACUCCAUCCUCUUUUAUCUUCAUAUCACCAUGUUUGCCGUUAUUCAACUGGUGGCUGGUAACGAUUCUCAACACACUAUUUCCAAGAUUUUGGGCGGUUACAAGACGGUUAAUGGAUUACACUAUGUUCCAAAUUUCCCCUUGUCUUUAUUUGCACCACCUAGAUCUUUGAUUGACGGUAUUACCAGACAACCGUUAAGUUUUAUUACUUUCACCCUCUUUAUGGUAAUUACCGGUGUAUGGUUUGCGUCAUUCUGGCAAGAGAUUUCAGGCUCUAGUGCUCGUGACCUUGGCUUGCAAUUUAAAGAACAAGGAAUUACGUUAAUUGGUCAUAGGGAGCAGUCUGUUGCCAAGGAAUUGUCAAAGGUUAUUCCAGUAGCUGCUACUUCUGGAGCGGCUGUUUUAGCUCUAUUGGUCUCAGCUGGUGAAUUAAUGGGUCUGAAGGGUGCGGCAGCAGGCAUCGUUGUCGGUUUGACUUCAGCAUUUGCCUUGUUGGAGCUUAUCACUAUGGAAUUCCAGCAGUCAGGUGGACAGAGCGCCUUAGCUCAAGCGCUUCUUGGCGGUGGAGGUUUCUAA